AUGGCUUCACGAAAGGCACAUAUGUUCCAAAAUUUGCUCUACCCCAUGUCGAGGGAGAUGUCGCGUCAAACACCAGGGAAAAGCCGACCAUUAAUGCCGCGCAAUGGGAGGAGCUCGAAAGAAGAUUCCGUCAUGUUCGUUGGUAUUUGUCUCGCUAUCGUGGCCGUUCUGGCAACACCGAUGGUUUGGGUCUGGAUGAGGGAUCGCAUUAGGAGACGCAAACUGGAUCCCUUCAGAAAGCUCCGCGAUCUCGAGCAUAAUGGGAAAGAUGCAAUUCUGAAUCCACCUCCUUAUGAACGUCCACCAGUUGUCGAUUCCAUAUGGGCAAGGCAAGAAAGGUACAAGACAUCGAAGCCUGCAAGAGCUGUUACGGCCGAUCGAGUCUUAGGCAUUGACAAGGCUUCAUACCUUCAGCGUAUCGUGCCACAGAGCGAGGGCUCAUCUCAACUGCUCACUGUAGCUCCUGCGCAUCUUGGCUGGGCGAGACAAAGGGUCAGUGGAACUAAUGACGAAGAGCAGUGCAUUAGUCCCUGGGAUGCAGAGCACGCUCCAAAUCCAGUCAUAUUUCCCUGGCUCCAAAAAAGAGGUGCCAUGUCCAGAAGCAUCGACUCAGAAAGUAGUAAAGAAAGUCUGCAAACUGUGGCACUAACGAGCAUAUCAACACCUCGAACCUCGUCCCCUUCUGAAGCUACAACACGUGUUUCUGCCGAUGAUUCAUUCUUGGACUCGCCAAUCGAAUACACCGGCUCUUGUCGAAACAGCGAAAAGUCGUGUGAAUUAUCGGAUACUGUUCGGGAUGAGCGUGGCGAGUCGGCGCAGCCAUAUGAUGCAGAUGCGCCUGCUUCUGCACAAUCCGGAAAGACAUCUGGGUCUUACGGUUGCGACGCGUGCCAAACGACGUAUUUGACGAAAGGGCAGCUCAAGUAA